GCGACUUUCAUCAAAUUAACGCUACAUUGUGACAAGGAUCACACAAACAAAGGGGAUUUUCUUUCAAAAAAAAGGUUAGGUGGAGUAAUUUGAACAUUUAUCCACUGUCAUUAUUGUUAUACAUAGCUUCAUUAUGAGUUUAAUCACAGAUAGCUCGGUCGCACUUGCAACAGACACGCAACUCGCUACACUCUCGGCUCUUCCCACAGUGAUUUUGCCCUCAUCACAGUUAUCUUCCGUGUCAUCGAGCUUCUACACAGAUCUUUCACAGGUGACUGACUUGUCUACAUGGAGACAGGAUAGUAGCUCCACCGAAAUUUCAACUCCAGCUAACUCAACAGCGACUUCAGUGUCGUACGAGAGACAGACAUCAGGAGCGAUGCCAAAUGGGCAUAAAGACAUCAAAGGUGUUAGCUGGAAAACGAUGGCUUUGGUUCCUUUGAUAUUGCUGCUUCCAGCGCUGCUCUGAAUACCCGUUGUAGCACUAGGAAGGCCGCUCAAGUCGAACAUUUAUGCUACGCAGCCAGUUGUCAUCGGAUUCACACACAGACAUCAACCGACACACAACAUUGGACUCACAUUAUAUAGUGAAAUGAUACCCAAGACAAAGCAUUGUAUAGAUUACAAAGCUACCAUGAAAUAAUACUCCACUCAGCUUGAACUCUUCAAUCAUACGAGUCAUAAGAUUAUCUAACCAUUUUCGAG